ACGUUAGUUGCUGUUUGUUGCUCGUUACGUGCGCGUGCUGCGACGCGAAAUUCAAAAACCCAAAAAACCAAAAUACCACCAACAGCCAACCAACGGAAACGCAAACUCAAAACCCAACACUCAAAACUGAACAUCAACUAACCAACCAAGUUAGAACUCAAGACACUCAAAACGAAUUUCCCUUUUUUUUUUGCAAGUGCCAAGUAGUUAAACCGGGAUUUUCCACACAGAUUUUCCACAGUUUCUAAGCGCGCCCAUUGUUGAUUGUUUUCCUUUUUUGUUUGGUGAAACGCAGAUAUAUAUGACAAGUUGUGCAAUAAUUCCAAGUCAAAGUGAAGGAACACACACACAAAGCCCAAAAGUGAUAUCGCAGCCGAGAUCGAACAGAAUCAAAGUAUAUAACAUCUGAACCAACCGAAUAGAAAAGCAAAUAGCAAAUAGCGAGCAACUGCAACCUCAGAAACUCUGACAAACUCUCUGUUCUAGUGAAAGUGAAAGUGAGCUCCAGGAUUCCAGAAUUCCAGAGGUCUAGUUGAAGCCGGAUCGCCGGAAACGGAACCGGAACCGGAGGCGAUGCACCUGAAACAGCCGGAGGAUCCCUCGCAAACAGACAUUUAAAUAAUCAUUAGUGAAUCAAGUCUUCAGCUACCUAAGGAAUCGGCAAAUAAUCAAGAAAAGUAACCGAAGAAGAGAGUCAAGUAAGGAAUACCAUCCUUCCUUCCAAAACCGGUGGGCCAGGCCGCCAAAAAGCCGUCAAAAUACGCAAGAAGGUGACCUCGAAGAAGGCCAGCGUUGUGUCGGUUGACGACGAUCACAACAACAACAACACCAGCCACAACAACGACCACAACGCUCGGCAGCCCACAAGCACAAUUACACCAAUAUCAACAACUCCAACACCCAUACCAACGCCCAUACCAACACCAACGCCCACGCCUGGUGACCCCGAACAACAGGAUAGCGUAGAGUACCAGUACCAGUACCAGUACCCCCCCACUACCAAUCAGAAACAGCCCAUCGAAAUGGACGACACACAGCACUUCUGCCUACGCUGGAACAACUACCAGAGCAGCAUAACCUCGGCCUUCGAGAAUCUGCGGGACGACGAGGCCUUCGUGGACGUAACCCUCGCCUGCGAGGGGCGCAGCAUCAAGGCCCACCGCGUCGUCCUCUCCGCCUGCAGUCCCUACUUCCGCGAGCUGCUCAAGAGCACACCCUGCAAACACCCGGUCAUACUGCUGCAGGAUGUCAACUUCAUGGACCUGCACUCGCUGGUGGAGUUCAUCUACCACGGCGAGGUCAACGUGCACCAAAAGUCCCUGCAGUCCUUCCUCAAGACCGCCGAGGUGCUGCGCGUCUCGGGAUUAACGCAACAGCAGGCGGAGGACACACAUAGCCACCUGGCUCAGAUACAGAACUUGGCCAACUCCGGUGGCCGCACGCCCAUCAACUCGCACUCCCAUCCACAUCCGCAUCAUGGCUCGCUGCACGACGACGGCGGCUCCGCCUCGACCUUGUUCAGCCGCCAGGGAGCCGGCUCGCCGCCGCCGCCGCAAUCGGUGGUGCCGUCGGUCCUCCCGCCGCACAUCAACAACCAGCUGCUCAAGCGCAUGGCCAUGAUGCAUCGCAGCAGUGCCGCCGCCGUCGCCGAGGAGACCUCGCACGCCCUGAAGCGCCUGCGCGGAUCGGACAACAACGGAGGACUGCCGCUCUCCGGCGCCGUCGGCAGUGGCGGUAGCAACAACAACAGCCCCGACUUGCCGCCGCUCCAUGCGCGCAGCACUUCGCCCCAGCAGACUCCGGCCGACUUUAGUACGAUCAAGCACCACAACAACAACAACACGCCGCCGCUCAAGGAGGAGAAGCGUAAUGGACCCACUGGCAACGGAAACUCUGGCAAUGGCAAUGGCAACGGAGCGAGCAACGGCAACGGAAUCUCCAUCAGCGACAAGCUGGGCAGCCUCACACCAUCGCCACUCGCACGGGCGGGCGCCGAUGACGUCAAGUCGGAGCCCAUGGAGCUCGUGUGCUCCAACAACAAUGCGAAUGCCAAUGACGAGCACAGCAACGACUCCACCGGCGAGCACGAUGCCAAUCGUUCCAGUAGUGGCGACGGCGGCAAGGGUUCUUUGAGCUCUGGCAACGACGAGGAGAUCGGUGACGGACUCGCCUCUCAUCACGCCGCCCCGCAGUUCAUCAUGUCGCCGGCGGAGAACAAGAUGUUUCAUGCCGCCGCCUUCAACUUCCCCAUGAGCAAUCUCGAUCACUCAGCGUUGCUUGGUCUCAACACACAAUUGCAGCAGUCCGGUGACCUCGCCGUUUCCCCUCAAGGUGGCAGCACCGGCAGCCUAAUUGGUGGCGUCAUUGUGCCCGGCGGUGGUAGUGGUGGUGGUGGCACCCCUAGUAAUAGUAGUAGCAACAACAACAACAACAACAGCCAACAACAACAAAAAGUAGAGCAACAACAGUCAUCACCACACCAACAACUCCUCCAACAACAACAACAACAUCAUUCCACACCACAUACCAACAACAGUCCACAACAACAGCAACUGAAGCAGGAACAACAGCUGAAAUCCGGAGGAAGCAGCAAGUCCAGCGAUCUGCACAUUGCAGCAGGGAGCGAAAGGAGCCUAUCGCGAUCCUCCCAAGGACUGGCGGAGGCGGGCGGUCACAGUGCCACGCCCUCGCCCUCGCCCAUCGCCUACCACAAGCGGGAAAGGGAGCGGGAGAGGGAAAGGGAGCGAGAGCGCGAGAGAGAACGUGAGAGGGAGCGAUCGCUGGAUCGCGAGCGGGAUCUCGAACGCUCCAACGUAGGCGCAGGCGGCGGAUCACCACCGCCACCACUGCCCUCGCACCACUCGCACUUCGGCCAGCAUCCGCUGUCGCUGCUACCGAGCCACCACCAGCUGCACGCCACCCACCACGAGCUGGCCGCCCACCAUGCCCACGCCGCCCACGCCCAUGCCGCCCACCAUGCCGCCCAUGCCCUGGCCCGUGCGGGAUCGCCCCUGGAGCACCACCAUCUGCUGCACCACCGACGUGCCUCCCUGUCGCCCUCGACUGGCGGCGGAGGCGGAGCAGGAGGAGGCGGCGGCGGUGGAGGAGGUGGCGGCGGCGGACGAGGCGGCGGCGGAGGAGGCGGCGGUCCGGGUAGCAGCCUCCUCUCCUCGGUGCGCGCCCAGGAUGUGGCCCAGGCCAACCGGCUGCUCCUGCCCCUGCCCCUGAACGCCUGCCAUCGGUGCGACGUCUGCGGCAAGCUGCUGAGCACCAAGCUCACGCUGAAGCGCCACAAGGAGCAGCAGCACCUGCAGCCGCUGAACAAUGCCGUCUGCAACCUGUGCCACAAGGUCUUCCGCACGCUGAACUCGCUGAACAACCACAAGAGCAUCUACCAUCGGCGGCAGAAGAACCAUCACUCGUACUUCCAUCACGGCGCCGGUGUGGGUCAGGCGGGCAGUCCGGGCAGCCGGCUCCACCAGUCGCUGAGUUCGCUGAGCGCCGCGGCCGCUGCGGCCAACAACAGCGUGAAUGUGGGCGUGGGCGGAGCGGGCGGGGCCGGUGGCAAUGCCGUGGCUGCCGCAGCGGCGGCGGCAGCUGCAGCCGCCGAGCUCCUGCUCUCGCCCAUCGUGGGGGCAGCCGCCGUGGCCGGCGGAACGGCCAGCUCGACGCUCCAGCUGGCGGCGGCCCACCAGGCGCAGCAGCAGCAGCAACAGAACUCGCCGGGCAUCGUGAAGCCGUGCAUGGACUUCUUAUAA